AGUCCACAAACCAACGGGUGACGUGGUGGUAGCGGGAGGACUCCAAGGGACCGUGCUGCUGCUACCCACAGGUUUGACUACGGAUCCAAGUCACAUAAUUUUGAAUUAGGCCCUCCCUGUGUUGAAAUGCACCGUGACUACAUCGCAGUGUUUCCGGGCACAUGUAAACCUCGACGAGGGGAAACAAUAGCCCCAAAAGAGACAAAGAGGAGUUCCAAUUAGAAACUAACACGGUCAGUGAUUCUAGAUCAGCACCAAGACGAUGUGAAAUUGAGUGCAGGCCGCACUCACCGCAUCUCAUCCGCCCAUCCCCUCCUGCCGGCUGCCACUUGCAGUAGUGGUGAUGCUGCUCCCUGGUGUGUAGAGGAGGAGAGAGAGCGUGUCCGCUGCCCAAUGACAGCGCAGGAUGCUGAGAGAGGCUGCUGGGGUGAAUGGAGGCGACAAGAUGCCGUCUAGAACGGCGAAGGAGAGGAAUUUACAUCCAUGAAGAUCUGACUUUGAUGUGCUCCACCUAUUAAGGCAUGAAAUAAGUCACCCAUGUGCAGUUCAGAGAGUCAGAGCAGCUUCAUUUCUGCGUGCUCCUGUUAAGGACCGUCUGGUGGCUACACCGCCGAUUCACAGGACAUGUACGGCAGUGCCAGAGCUGUAGGCCAUAUAGAGAGCAGCCCCGCACGGUCCCCGCGCCUGCCAAGGUCCCCCAGACUGGGCCAUCGGAGGGCCAACAGCGGGGGCGGGGGCGGUGCGGGGGGCAAGACGCUCUCCAUGGAGAACAUCCAGUCCCUCAACGCUGCCUAUGCUACUUCUGGACCCAUGUACCUGAGCGAUCACGAGGGCGUCGGCUCCACUGCCACCUACCCAAAAGGCACUAUGACUCUGGGUCGCGCCACCAGCCGGGCCAUGUACGGGGGCCGCGUCACAGCCAUGGGCAGCAGUCCUAACAUUGCUUCAGUGGGGCUGCCUCAUCAUGCUGACCUUCUGUCUUACAGUGACCUGGGCUCCCUCUCCAUGCUGCACCACCACCACCACCACCAGGGGGUGCCCUCCGCUCUGCUGAGGCAGGCGGUGCGGAGCAGUGGGGGGGAGCUGCUGGAGAUGCAGGCCCAGCUCAGGGAUAUGCAGAGGGAGAAUGAGCUGCUGCGCAGAGAGCUUGACCUAAAGGACAGUAAGUUAGGAUCUUCCACCAACAGCAUCAAGAGCUUCUGGAGUCCUGAGCUGAAGAAGGAGAGGAUAAUGAGGAAAGAAGAGGCGGCUCGCACAUCAAUCCUUAAAGAGCAGAUGAGAGUCACUCAUGAGGAGAAUCAGCAUCUCCAGAUGACCAUCCAGGCUCUGCAGGACGAGCUGCGCACGCAGCGAGACCUGAACCACCUGCUGCAGCAGGAGAGCGGUAACCGCUCCGCUUCUGAGCACUUCACUACCAUCGAGCUGACGGAGGAGAACUUCCGUCGGCUGCAGGCCGAACACGACAGGCAGGCCAAGGAGCUGUUUUUGUUGAGAAAGACCCUGGAGGAGAUGGAGCUGAGGAUUGAGACCCAGAAACAAACACUGGGUGCCAGAGAUGAGUCCAUUAAGAAACUGCUAGAGAUGCUGCAAAGUAAAGGGCUGCCCCCGGGGCCGGGCAGGGCAUCUGAGGAGGAAGAGCAGGAGAGAGCUAGGCGCAUUGCUGAGGCAGAGGCCCAGCUCGGACACCUGGAGGUCAUUUUGGAUCAAAAAGAGAAGGAGAACAUCCAUCUGCGAGAGGAACUGCACAGAAGGAAUCAGCUGCAUCAGGAUCCAAGCAAAACCAAGGCCCUGCAGACCAUCAUAGAAAUGAAAGACACCAAAAUUGCCUCACUGGAGCGCAACAUUCGGGAUCUGGAGGAUGAGAUCCAAAUGCUGAAGGCGAACGGCUUACUGAACACAGAGGACAGAGAGGAGGAGAUCAAACAGAUGGAGGUCUACAAGAACCACUCUAAGUUUAUGAAGACCAAGAUUGACCAGCUGAAGCAGGAGCUGUCAAAGAAGGAGUCGGAGCUGCUGGCUCUCCAGACAAAACUAGAGACCCUCAACAACCAGAACUCAGACUGCAAACAGCAUAUCGAGGUGCUCAAAGAGUCUCUUACUGCCAAGGAGCAACGUGCUGCCAUCCUGCAAACAGAGGUGGAUGCGCUGCGUCUGCGUCUGGAGGAGAAAGAGUCCUUCCUGAACAAGAAAACCAAGCAGCUGCAGGACCUGACGGAGGAGAAGGGCACUCUUGCCGGAGAAAUCAGGGACAUGAAAGACAUGCUAGAGGUCAAAGAAAGGAAGAUCAAUGUCCUGCAGAAGAAGAUUGAGAACCUGCAGGAGCAGCUGCGGGACAAAGACAAGCAGCUGGGGAACCUGAAGGACAGGGUCAAGUCUCUGCAGACAGACUCCAGUAACACAGACACUGCCCUGGCCACCCUGGAGGAGGCACUGUCAGAGAAGGAGAGGAUUAUUGAGCGUUUAAAGGACCAAAGGGAGAGGGAAGACAGAGAACGCCUGGAAGAAGUAGAGUCCUAUAAGAAAGAAAACAAGGAUCUGAAGGAGAAGGUCAACAGUCUGCAGAUAGAAUUAACGGACAAAGAGUCCAGUCUCAUCGAUUUGAAGGAACACGCCUCAUCCCUGGCAUCCUCUGGCCUCAAGAAGGAUUCAAAGCUCAAGUCACUGGAGAUUGCCAUCGAGCAGAAAAAAGAGGAGUGUAGUAAGUUGGAGACGCAGUUGCAGAAGCAAGCUGAGCAGCUAUUCAGUCACAUGAACAAUCCUAAGGCCCACGAGGUGGAGCAGCAUUCCGGCUCCAGAGGGAACCCGGACUACGUGGACCGAGUAAAGCUGCUCGAGAAGGAGGUGAGCUACUACAAGGACGAGGCCAACAAGGCUCAGACGGAGGUGGAGAGACUCCUGGACAUCCUGCGAGAGGUGGAGACGGAAAAGAAUGACAAGGACAAGAAGAUCGCCGAGUUGGAAAGUCUAGCUCCCAGACAAGGAGGCAAAGACCAGACUAAGAAGGGUCCAAACAUCAAACUGGGACCACAAGGGGACAAGAAAGGCUUAGGACAAGACCCUCGCAAGGACAGCUCCAUGGAUAGUGGUCACCACAUAAAGUUGGAGGAGCUGAUGAGCACGCUGGAAAGGACUAGGCAGGAGCUGGAUUCUACCAAGCAGCGUCUCUCUUCCACACAGCAGUCACUGCAGGAGAGAGACAGCCACCUCACCAACAUGAGACAAGAGCGCAGGAAACAGCUGGAGGAGAUCCUCGAGAUGAAGCAACAAGCUCUGCUGGCAGCCAUCAGUGAGAAAGAUGCUAAUAUUGCACUGCUGGAACUGUCUGCCUCCAAUAAAAAGAAGACCCAGGAUGAGGUGCUGUCCCUCAAGAGGGAGCGGGACAAACUGAUGCACCAGCUCAAACAACAUACACAAAGCAGAAUGAAGCUGAUAGCCGACAACUACGAAGAUGAGCAAUAUCAUCCACACGGUCCUCACCACCCCCAGCCUCAGCCCCCACACGCUCAGCCUCAGCCGCAGCCCCAGUACCCCCACGCUCCCCAUGCCCAGCAGACUCCAUAUCCACACGCCCUGCAUCCGCAACACCCACAGCACCCACAGGCUCCCCCACAACACCCACACCCGCAGCAGUCACAACCCCAGUACCCUCAUCCUCCUCACCAGCAGCACCCCCAGCAGCACCCUCAGCACCCCCAGCCGCCUCCCCAGCACCAACAGCACCCACGCCCCCCGCAGCCCCAACACCCUCACCAACAGCACCCACAGCAUCCUCCACAACACCCACAUGGACACCCCCCUCCGCAGCACCCUCACCCUCAGCACCCACACGGCCCUCCCCAACAAGGACCUCACCCCCAACAUCCACAUCCCCAGCAUCCUCAGCAUCCUCAGCACCCUCAGCACCCACAACACCCUCAGCACCCUCAGCAUCCACAACACCCUCAGCACCCACAACACCCGCACCACGGGCAGCAUCCACGUCACCCGUCACCCCAUCAUCGUGGCGGACCGGCCCGAGGACCCCCACAUGCUGGUCACCGCCCCACCCAGGACCAGGAUGAUGACGAGGGCAUCUGGGCGUAAUCCAUGCUGUGACAACCAAAGCUCUAAUUUGUUUUGAGGGAUGAUUCAGUCACUAGUGGAGGAGCACAGCCAUUCCAUGAUGUUGAAACACUACCCUACCAAACAUUUAUUACCUCCACUCAAUCAACAAACACUCAGAAAUGGGACCUUUGUUUAUUUUCCGGGCGAAGAGGAGGGGGCACACAGGUGCGCAGGUCAUGCGGGGGGACUGACAGCUGAGCAGGUGACCUGGGACCUCUUCUUUGUGUGAACAGCAGUAGAUGUCUUCUACUCCCUCCAUACAGGAUCACAGAUAUGGGAUGGCAUACGAAGGAAAGAGUCAGAUGUUGUUGUGGACGUAGAGACAGAUGUGCUGUGUGUCAAAUUCCUGCCUGGACAGGGAAUGUGAUAAACAUAGCAGCCCCGCAUAAGAGAUCUCACGGAGGUCACCUCACCUGUCUGUCACCUGCAGGAUGCUGCACCUCCUCAGGCCAACAACACCCUCUUGAUCCUCCCUGCAGAGAUCUCAUGACUGUCUGCCAGCCCAGUAUUUGUUCGUCAUCCUUCUUCCUUUGGUUGAUUCAAGAUCAUGGUUGUCCUGCUGACUGUUUCACCUGCCUGACUAAUUCCUUUGGCUCUGGUUGGCUCCCCCACUUGACUAUGUCAUGGUUUCUUGAUCCUCACUGCCCUGCUGACCCACCUGGUGACGUCUGACCCCUCUACCUGGCUUUCAUGACCCUUAGUGUACAGAGUCCCUUCUGUUGCUUUAGUCGUCUGACUGUGUCAAUGAGCUAUUUUACUCUUUGUGGCACAGAGUGACUUCUUUUUUUUGUACCUUUAUACAUGCCCCACCCUGCGUUUCUAAAGAAGCUCAUGUUUAGCAUUUCUAAAAGUGAUGUAGUGUCCUUUCACUUGCUCAUUCCACAAAAUAGUAUAUAUAGUAUGUUCCACACGCACCAGAUUCAAUUGAUUUGAGUUUUUUUUGUUGUCAUCUCUUGUUUGCAAAAGGAAGAGCUUAGAGUUGACUGAUAAUACGCCUUUAGCCUUGCCUGCAGCAUCGGGGGUUUUCUUGGCUGCAUGAGCAGGGCCCUUCUGUUCUUGGGCGUGUUGUAGCCUUAAGGUUGUGGCUGCCAUUGAUGUUUCUCUUCAUGUUACCUCAUUUUAAUCAAAUUUAGUCAAAAAAAAUCAAUCUAUGCAGGUGUCACCGUAGAGUGAAUGCAUUUUUAUUUCCCCAUCCUUACUCAAAUGUAUCACUCAAAGUGUAAUUAACCAUCCAAUCAGAGCGGCCAAGAGAGUGGUCAGAAAAUAUUCAUCAGUUAGAUUAUUUUGAGGUUCUGAGACUAUGCACCUAUGCACCGCCUCCGUGUUGCAGGAAUUUUUACUAAUGGUGCUUCUGCUGGUGCUCAAACUAAAUGGUGUCAGAAGACCGGGUCAAGAGCAUCUUUUAGUCAUUUUACAGUAGAGGGACUUGAUCCCACAAUGGGCUUAAUAAACAACUGUAAAAGUGCUUUGUACAUACGGUUCGACCUUGGGGGCUUUGUGAGCAGCGAUCACUUCCAGACCCACAAAGAGAUGAUUUAUCUGUAUGAAUACUGCUACUAUAAAUACUGCUCACUAUGAAGUGGAGGCAAUGUUCAAUAGAUGUUUUCCCUGCAGGUCUGUUUGUACCAUUGACACCCCAGUCUCUGACCUACAGGAUGCCCCUGUACCCCUCUCCCUUGUAAUUCUCCUCUUCCAGCUGUAGUCUAUGUGACCUCCCCAAACAUAGUGACUUGUUUUCUUCUUCUGAACAAGGUGGCCUGUGCCUCGUAAAAACUGUACACAUAUAUGAUAGAUAUGCAUAUAUUAUAUAUAUAGAGAGAAAUCUAUAGAGUGUGUCUAUACGUGGUCAGAAAAUUGUUUCAAACUGACAAGAUAAUAUAUGUUUUUUUCUUCAUGGUUAUUUUUCUAACUGGCUGGAGGUCAGAGAGAGAUGUCUUAUUUAGAGUGUUGAGGGCUGUGAUUUUCCUCUGAUUUGUACAUUGUGAAAAAAAACCCUCAGCAGCAAGUAACAUUCCCUGUCUGAAAACACAGGACAGCCUGAAAAAAGAGCUUUAGAGCAGUUUAUGGGAAAUAGAGUUGUGUAUCCAAAAUCUAUCUAGAAGUCUAGAAAAGAUGACAUUAUUACAUUCCUUUCUUAAUGUGAAAACAUUUAGUUGAAGACCACUUGGCUUGUGGUGACAACUUCGAACAAAAAAAAAAAAAAGAAGAAGACUUGUCUUGAAUCUUGCAGCUCACAUAGGUAGCAAUGAGAUUAUGUCUGCUGCACUCAGCAGACAGAAACAUGCACUUGUGAGUGAGGACUAUCACUAUGAACAUCCAAGUGGCAGUUUGAGUGACUCUGUCGGGAUGCAUUUCUUUCGCUUGUUUGUCGUCGUUGUUGUCUUGUAAACAGAAGUGGUGACAUACGUGACCGUGACAGCUGAUUAAGUAGAAAAACCACACAUAUUGUCACAGUACAGUGGAAAAUUGAAUUAGACUGUUACUACCCUCCCACUUCCUCUCCCUCCCCUCAUGGUGCCUGUGUGUCUCCCUUAUAUGGCCAAAGUGUUGAUUGUUGUAUAUAAGCAUUUUUCCAUCUUCCACAAACCGAGGUGAUCCCUGCAUCAUCUUUCAUGUGUCCGCUUCACACAUGAACCUUUACAGCUCCUGUCACUGACCAAGAAUCAACAGAUUGUGUGAAAUGUUGGUGUUUGUGUUUACAAAUUGUUACGAGAAAGGUCCUGAUUUGGAUUUUCUUUUAAAAAAGGGAAGACAAUGCAAACAGACAGAGGAGCAAAAAUCCUCUCACUUCACCAUCAGGGGGGCGGAGUACGAAUCCUCCAUUUUCAGGUCCUUAUCUACUGAAUACUUGAAGUAGGGGGUUCUCCUACCAUGAAAUACCAUAUAUGAUUUACAUGGUAGAAAACAUGAAACAUGCCCAUGCAUGCUGACUUUUACAUGAUGUGCCAACUGAAAGUGAUGAUGUAAGGAUAAUCUCCUGUUCUCUAUGCAGAACGAUUUCUCAACCGUUGUGUCAAAAAGGUUUUGGAGACACAGGCUUAAAUGCUGGGGCUGGUUUCCUGGGCUUAGACUUAAGACUAAUCCUGGUUCUGAAUGACUGACAUUGCGCUCAGUGUGAGGUGGAGUCAAGAAGUCAAGUCUGCAUCUGUGCCUAGAAGCAGCUGUGUAGAAAGACUUGAGUUGGAAGGCCUGUAGAUUGACCAGUAAUAUUCAAAGGCCUUCAAGAAAAAGAAUGAAAAGCUUAACAUACAUUUUCACUUUAUUAUUAUUAUUGUAUACAGGUUAUUUUUCUUUUGUCGGUUGCUGAAAACUUUGGAUUAAACAAAUCACUGUGACCAAUGCCAGAAACAUUUUUGUUUGACAGAACAAAUAUUGUGUUUACUUUUUUAUUAAUCAUUUUUUUAAAUUUAAGUUAGCUUUAUUUUUUCUAUUGUUUCACCUUAUUGAAUAUGCCAGUUUGAGACUGUACUAUUUGUAUAAGUAAAUGUUUUGAGCUGUACAGUAAAAACCUAGGAACAAGUUAAAUGUGAGUGUCCAGCAUGCUGAAUGAUUUCUUGUGUGAACGUGAGCUAAUGUCCCAUGAAGCAUCAUUCCUCACUCAUUAAUUGCAUCUGCAUUGUGACGGUGUGAUGUUGUGUUUGAGAGUGAUGUGUGUCUCACUUACUGUGUCCCAUUAGUAGACAGCCUGUGCAGUUUUGUGAGAGUGCAGCAUGUUUCUGGGGUUGCUUGUGUAAAUGUAUUCAGAAAAGAGAGAGUGUGUGUGUGUGUGUGUGUGCCCGCGUGUGUGUGUGUGCACGUGUGUGUGUGUGUGUGUGUGUGCGCGCAGCUGCUUUUAUGGAUGUCUGUGUGUGUGUGUGUGUGUGCGUGUGUCUGUCUAUGUGUGUGUGUGUUAUGAAUGCACAAGUGAAUGAUCUAUUUAAAAAAAAAAAAAAACAAUCAGAGGAAGUCCCUAGAGAAAAAAAACGCGAGACUGAGUCAAAGUUUUGAAUGAAGCAUGGAUACUCUGUAAUGUUUUUUGUUUUUUUCAAACCUAGGAGGCUGUCCUCAGUGCCCCAGUUUGCUAUUGUAUGUGCUGUAUCAGAAUAUUACUAUUGAGUGUUGGCCAGCUUGUUUAUAUCCAUCAAAUAAAGGUGAAUUUCUUUCUGUC